AUGGAUGACUACCAUCAGCACGACCACCACAAAAGGUUUCGUCUCGUUUCGAAAACAGGCGAGUGCCUGGUGGUUUUCAAAAUCUCAACCAAGGAACGACUCCUGGCCUAUCUGAGAGAUAGCUUCACCAGCUUCAUCGAUAUGAAGUGGAGAUAUCAUUUUUUAGGAUUUUUCGGCACGUGUUUCGCAACUUGGACCAUUUUUGGUUUAAUUUGGUACGCAACUGUCGAUGCCAACGACACUGCGACAAAUUCUACGGUGAGUUCGUGCAUCGGGGAGGUUUUUAGUAUGGGAGAGGCAAUUUUAUUUUCGUACGAAAGCCAAUCUACAGUCGGUUACGGGUCGAGAUACCUGCUGCCGGAAUGCAACUUCGGUGGUUAUAUUCUGCAGAUUUUGCAGAUUUUUGUCGGAGUUCUAACGCCUUGUAUCAUAAGUGGAAUCCUUUUCACGAAAUCUCGAAGGCCGAAGCGACGAAGUGAAACGAUUGUAUUCAGCGAGAUGGCCACCAUAAUCACGAAGAAGAAAAAGAGGAGGUUGUUUCAAUUUCGCAUAGGGAACAUAAGACAAUCGAACAUCAUUUCAACGUCGGUCCGAGUGUUCGUCGUUAAGGAGCGCAAAACAAACGAAGGAGAAGUCAUUCCAUUCUGCCUGCACCAACUACCCAUCUCGACUAGGUACGAAGGUAGGAAAGAAGAUGAAGAGGACAACCCGAACCUCAUCUUUCUCCCGUGGCCAGUCAUGGUCACCCACAUUAUCGACAUGGACAGCCCUCUGAAAGACAUCCAGGACACUACAUUGAAGUUCGAAAUUAUCGUUUUAUUCGAAGGGAUCGUCGAGUCUACAGGGAAACCCUCCCAAUUUCGCACCUCCUACACCCCUGACGAAAUCAUAUGGCAUCAUAAAUUUGCCCCGAUUGUGAUGGAGUUCAAAAAAGCCGAGGGAGAAAUAAUUAAGGAUAUAAUUGACAUUGAUUACUUCACGUUUAAUAUAACCAGUCCGGUUAAUCGGGCCGCCAGUAGGGAGCACGUCAUCACAAAAACUGAGCGUGCCAAAAUUUAG